AUGGGCCGCAGUAGUGGACAGCGGUCUAGGAAGACAAAACCGGACAAGAAACAACAACGCAAAAAGCAAAAAGCCCUCAUGGAGCGGUGCGUUCAGGCACUCAACCAGAGUGCUGCCGGUUUUCGCGAAAAGCUAGCCAACGGAGAUGCCCUCAAACAAACCGGUGGUGGUGGUGACGUGGUGGAGCUUGAGGGGGCCUCGCGUCCGCUUGCCCACUUCCAACCUGUACGGAUCAAUUGUCUAUCAAAGGAGGCGCUUUCCGAUGCUGUGGAUAUACUCAGCGAGAAGUUCACUCUUGCGGAGGAGAGUGAAGAGGAGGCGAAGAAAGUCGACUAG